AUGUCCAUCCCUCCGUCUCUAUCUUGCCGCAGAAAAAUACUCCUCAUCAACGGUCCCAACCUCAACCUCCUCGGCACGCGCGAACCCACAAUCUACGGCUCAACCACGCUCUCCGAGGUGGUGGCCUCGACCGUCUCACUGGGCCGGACCCUCAAUGUCGAAGUCCACCCCUUCCAAUCCAACCAUGAAGGUCAGAUUGUCGAUUUUCUUCACUCGCAUUUCGUCGGGCCGGGGACGAGUGCGUACGAGAGUGAGGAGGCGCCGAAAGAUCACGACCACAAUCGCACUCGCACUCGCACUCGCACCGCCGUCAUCAUCAACCCCGCGGCAUUCACGCACACGAGCGUGGCCAUCCGGGAUGCCCUGCUCGCGACGGGCUUCCCCUUUGUGGAGGUUCACAUCUCGAAUGUCCAUGCGCGGGAGGAGUUUCGAAGGCAUAGCUUCUUUAGCGAUAAGGCUGUCGGGGUGGUUGCUGGGUUGGGGGUGCGCGGGUAUAGAGCUGCCUUGGAGUUUUGGGCGGCAAAGUGGGAUGAAGAGGAUGAAGAGGAUGAGGAGGCUGAAGAUGGAGAUGCGAAGAGGAGGAAUGAGCAAGAAGAGAACUCGAAGUAA